AUGGGUGACAAGCGCAAGCUCGUUCAGGAUGAGGUUGUCGAGCCUGAAGGCAAGAAGAUGAAGAAGGAGAAGAAGGAAAAGAAAGAGAAGAAGGAAAAGAAGGAAAAGAAGGAAAAGAAGGAAAAGAGCAAGUCUCUCGAUGAGUCGGAAGUUGUCGCUCCCGUCGAAACUACCCCCGAAGAGGUGAAGGAGAAGAAGGACAAGAAGGAAAAGAAGACAGAAAAGUCCGAGAAGGACAAGAAAGAGAAGAAGGAGCGCAAGGAGAAGAAGCGCAAGGCCACUGAAGCCGCGGUCGAGUCUUCUGCUGCUCCCUCAGAGGACGCAAUGGAUGUGGACGAGGCCCCCGCCGACAGCAACAAGAAGGAAAAGAAAGAAAAGAAGGAGAAGAAGGAGAAGAAAGAGAAAAAAGAGAAGAAGGAGAAGAAGUCCAAGAAGGAGGAGACCUCCGAGCCCGUUGCAGAAACCGAAGAACAGCCUGCCGCUGAGGCCGAGGCCGAACAGCCCCAGAAGGGUGCUCGCUUUAUCUGCUUUGUUGGCAACCUUCCCUACUCUGCAAACCAAGAGUCCCUGGCCAAGCACUUUGAAAAGAACCCUCCUGCCACAAUCCGUGUCGCAACCAAUAAGGAUGACCCCAAGAACAAGUGCCGCGGCUUUGCAUUCAUUGAGUUUGACAACUACGACCGCAUGAAGACCUGCCUCAAGUUGUACCACCACUCCAUGUUCGAUGAUGGAAAAUACCCGCCUCGCCGCAUGAACAUUGAGCUGACUGCUGGUGGUGGUGGCGGCAAGUCCGAACACCGUAAUGCUAAGAUCCAGGCCAAGAACGAGAAGCUCAACGAGGAGCGCCAGCGCCAGGCUAAGGAGAUCCAAAAGGACAAGAAGAAGCACGAGAAGCAACCCACUGGUCCCACUGGUGCCAACGCGGCUGGUGCAGAGGCUCCUGCCGACCCUAACGACCCAUGGGCUGGCUUGCACCCUAGCCGCAGAGGCCGUGUUUAA